GAUCAGCUGAUCUCCGCUUCCUCUCUCUGGAUGGCUGCAGGAUUUUCAGGCUCCUCCGGUUCAGCGCUAGCAAACGAGCCGUUUCGUUCGUUUAAACUUUAAUCCGAAAGCCUUUCGAGCCACACCGGGCUGUAGAUUAAUCCGUGGGCGCGCGUUUAGGUAGCAAAACUGGCGCUUUUAGUGGAGUGGAUGAUGAACGGCCACGCAAUUCUCUACACCGGGGUCACUCUGGCCUUCUGGAGCACCAUCCUCAUCGUCGGAAUCUGUUAUACCAUCUUUGACCUUGGGUUCAGGUUCGACGUGGCAUGGUUUUUGACGGAGACGUCCCCGUAUAUGUGGGCCAACCUUGGAAUCGGCCUGGCCAUCUCGCUGUCUGUGGUUGGAGCGGCUUGGGGAAUUUAUAUAACUGGCUCCAGCAUCAUUGGAGGAGGAGUCAAGGCCCCGAGAAUUAAGACCAAAAACCUCGUCAGUAUAAUCUUUUGUGAAGCUGUUGCCAUUUAUGGGAUCAUCAUGGCGAUUGUCAUAAGUAACAUGGCGGAGACUUUCAGUGGCACAACUCCAGAGACAAUUGGAGCCAGGAACUACCAAGCAGGCUACUCCAUGUUCGGGGCGGGUCUCACUGUUGGCUUUUCCAAUCUCUUCUGUGGCAUCUGCGUUGGCAUCGUGGGCAGUGGGGCGGCUUUGGCUGAUGCCCAGAACGCCAGCCUCUUUGUUAAGAUUCUCAUUGUGGAAAUCUUUGGCAGUGCCAUCGGGCUGUUUGGAGUCAUUGUAGCCAUUUUGCAGACAUCGAAAGUAAAAAUGGGAGAUUAGACGCAGUCUUCAAGACGAACAACAAAGAAGAACGACGCUGUGUUGGAUACACAGCCUGACUAUGUAAAUACAUAGUAAAUUAUUUAAAUGUG